CUGACCGUCUGGACCCACAUGUCAGGCCACCUGGCCACGCGCGCUCACGGCGCGGCCGUUGACGGCCGUUAGCCUAUGCGGUCCGGUCGGAACCAAAGCCGCCGGUCGGUCGCACUCGCUCUCCCUCUCACCCUCACUCCCCCCCCCCACACUGACCUAGGUUGGCGAUGGCGGCGCCGCAGCGAAAUGGCGUCGGCGGCGAGCUUUUGAGGCAAGGCGUCACCGGCGAGGAGGGCGGUGGACAUUCAGCGGUUCAGGCAUGGCUAGGCAGCUCUAGCUUCCCAGCGCAGCGGUCGCCGCGGCCAUCACUGCCUGUGGCUCAGGUGGAUCGAGAGAGCUCAGAUCCGGAAGUCCGCGCUGCUAGGGCAGUGGCCAAGUCCAUCCACGCGGAUCCAGAUGGCGGGCACAGGUGGGCGUCCGCGUUUGGUGGAGUGAGCUUAGAUGAAGACAUUUGGGAAAUGAGGCUGCAUUUCCAAGGAACAGAUAAUAUGGAGAGAAAGUAUUCAGUUUCUUCAUAUAUUAGUUAUCUGACCAUAUUAGCAUUGGCUAAGUUGGAGGGGUAUGGAAUGGAGGCUUUUCUGACUUAUGUAAAGGAAGAGGGAAAGGGCUUGGAGGGGGUGGAGGUCCUGGAUAGUGAGGAGGCAUUAGAGCAAAUGCUUGACUUAUUUGUUGAUAAGAAGAUCCUGAACAUCACUGUCAGAAAGCCUACUGAUCCAAGCCCAGCAGAUGUUAAUAUGGAUCACAACUUGCUUGAGGAACAGAUUCCCAUUAGUAAUGUUGGUGAGGAAGUUGUUUAUAGUGUUUCCCAACAAGGUGUCCUGUAUCCACUCCAGAAUGCAACUUUGGCACCAGAAAUCCCUGAGGAGCCCUAUCUUAACACACAACAUAGUUGUAAUUUGAACAAGGGAAAAAAUGUUGUGGAAGAAGAAGAAGAUGUAGAAGUAGAACAUGAGGAAGAUGAAGAUGAGAUGGACAAAUCUUCUUCAGAUUUUGAGUUUUUUAGGGAUGAUUACAAAGGGCAGACAAUAUCAUACAAGGCUUGGUGUAGGGGUGAAGAUGAGGCUGGCACAGGGACAAGUCAUAAGCCUAGGGAAGAGGAAGAUACUGCAGAGCACUAUUGUGGAGCAAACUCAGAACCAUCAGAGUUUUGGGAGGAAGACCAAAUCCUUUCUGAACAUGAAGAACCCUCAGUUGUACCAGAGAAAGGAGCAAAGAAGCUUAAGCCUGUCAGGAAACCAGGCCCAACUAUCAACUCACACAGUGAGCCUGAAAACAUCAAGUUUGAAGAUUUUGUGCCUGAACCUGAUGAAUACUGCUUUCCAGGUGAUUUUGGCCUUAGUGGUGAAGAAGAAGUUCCAAGGUUGCCUUCUGGUAGGAAGAGAAGGUUGAAGAAGAGGAAGGAGAGGAGGUGGUAUGAUCCAUCAGUCCCUGAUGCACAUGAGCAGUUUGCAUUGCAUUUGUGCUUCCUAAAUGUUGUGGAGUUCAGAGAAGCACUAAGAAAUUUCCAUGUCAGGACACUUAGGAAUUUUGAGUAUCACAGAAAUGAACCAACUAGGGUUAUUGCUUGGUGCUCUGAUAGAAAGCAAGGUUGUCAGUUUUAUAUAGUGGCCUCUAGAAUAGCUAAUGAGUCAACUUUCAGCAUCAAGAAGAUGAAUUUGGAUCACACUUGUGGAGCAAGUGGAGAGAGCACCAAGGUUACAGUCAAUUGGGUUGCCAAGGUUUGUGAGGAUACCAUUAGAUCAAACCCUGGAGCUGGUGUUGAGACAAUUCUGUCAUACACAAAGAAAACAUUUGGUGUUCAUGUGCCUAAAAGCUUGGCAUAUAGGGCAAGGAAGCAAGCACUUGAAGUUGUGCAAGGAGAUCACAAACUCCAAUAUCACAGACUAAGGGACUAUCUCCAGUGUGUGCUAGAUACUAAUCCAGGCAGUAGAUGCAUAGUGACAACAAAAGAGGACCUAGAAAAUCCAGCUCCUACCCCCAGGUUUCACUACAUGUUCUACUGCCUUUUUGCAUGCAAAGAGGGCUUUCUAAAUGGAUGCAGGCCAUUCAUAGGUUUAGAUGGUUGCUUCAUCAAGCUCAGCACUGGACAACAAAUAUUGGCAGCUACUGGCAGGGAUGGGAACAACAACAUCUUCCCCAUUGCAUUUGGUGUUGUUGACAAGGAAGAAACAGACAGCUGGACAUGGUUUCUCACACAGCUUAGAACUGUUAUUGGGAGUGGGAAUAAGUUUGGCAAGUACACAAUUAUGUCUGACAGACAAAAGGGAUUGUUGAAUGCAAUCAAUGAUGUAUUCCCUGACUCCCCACAAAGGUUUUGUCUUAGACAUAUAUAUGCCAACUUCCAAUCUGCUGGUUUUAGAGGGGAGGAACUCAAGAAACACUUAGAUCAAGCUGCCUAUUCCUUCACUAAGAAUGGUCAUGAAAAAGGGAUGGAAAAUUUGAAGAAAGAAAGUUUUGAAGCUUGGCAGUGGUUGUCACAGAUACCAGACCAUACAUGGGCUAGAUAUAAAAUGGAUACUGUUUGCAAAACUGACCUGGUUGUUAACAACCUUAGUGAAGUUUUCAACAGGAUGAUAUUGGAUGUUAGGAACAAGCCAAUCAGGACUAUGCUAGAGGGCAUAAGAACAAAGUUGAUGAUCAAGUUUCAGAAAAUCAGAGAGAAAACAGAGUCAUGCAGAUGGGAGAUCACACCAACAUACUCAGAAAUUUUAGAAGAAGCCAAGAAGUGGGCUAAGUAUUGUGAUGCAUACAUGGCAGGUCCAGGGAUCUGGCAAGUGACUAGUAGCUCUGAGAACACAUAUUGUGUUAACUUGAACAACCAUACCUGUGACUGUAGGAGGUGGGACAUGACAGCUAUGCCUUGUAGUCAUUCCAUUGCUGCAAUGCAGAAAGUGAAGCUACAUCCUGAAGACUUUGUCAAUGCUUUCUUCAAAAAGCCCAUGUACUGUGAAACAUACAAGCAUAUAAUUUUCCCAGUUCCAGGUCCUGACCACUGGCCUCAUACACCUGAAGAUGACAUAUCUCCACCAGUGUUCAAAGAAAAGAAGGGCAAAAAGCAAACUGCCAGAAGAAAAGGUGUAUUUGAGGUGCCAGCAAAAAAGGACACCUCGAGAAUUGGUACUGUCACAUGUAGCAAUUGCAAGAAGCAGGGUCAUAGGUUCAACAAUUGUGGUGACCCUUUGAAGCCUAAGUUUCAGAUGAGGAUGAACAAGCACCAGGAAAAUAGAGCAAAUUACUCUCAAGCUGGUUCUUCUAUGGCUACAAAUGCUCAGAGGCCUCCAAGAGUACCUGCUGCUACUGCACCUGAACCAAGACCAGCUACAGCAAGAGCUACAACUUCUGCACCUUCACCAGCUCCAGUUGCUACUUCUAGGGGAAAAAGGGCUGCUUCAACUAUUACAGCAGCAAUUGCACAAGGAGCACCAGCUAAGAGGAGCAGGCCUAAAACUUCUUCUGCUACUAACACUUCUUCUCCUGCUAAGAACACCAGAUCAUCUACAGCUUCUCCUGCUAAGAACACCAGAUCUUCAAGUGCCCAGAGAAGAACUUUCAUUGCACCAAGGCAAUCAAAUUCAACUGUUGUCCAGGAGGGGUCAAAGAGGAUCAGGAAGCCAAGUGGGAGGCUGAAAGACUAUUUUUAUGCAAGUGGUAACUAGCUCUUGGAUUUGGGUAACUUGAGUUCAUUUGGUAUGGUUCUGUUUGUGUCAGUGAACAAAUAUGGAUGGAUUUGGGUCUACUAUGGUCUGUAAUGACUAUACUUUAUUUUGUUUCAGAGAUAUUCAGUCAGUUGACCUACCAUGGUUUGUAAUAACUACUAUGCAGUGUGUUCAUUCAGACAGUCAUU